ACAGCAAUAUAUGCAGUAGAGUAUAAUCCUAUGAAUGUUUAUUACAUUCAUAGUAACUCCUAAAAAGGAAAAAGGAAGUGGGUAAUAGAUAACCUAAACCUGCCCAUUUGCUGAUACUAGCAUUCUUAAGUGAAUAACAAUAAUGGCUGAAGGAGGUAAAAGUGCUAAGGAUGUCUUUAAAAAGACACUACCAAAACUUAUAAACGUACUUGGAAAGGAUCCAUCCUUUUCUGUAGUCACUGCUUCUCUCAAUGCUGAAGACCUGAUAACUGAUCAAGAGCUUGAAGCCAUUAUGACCAAACAAGGUGUUGAAAGAGGCAGGGAAGUGGCUUUACCCUAAGAGACAAGAUAAAGGAUAGUGAUGACCCUAAUGCCUGUUUACUUGAAAUAUGUGAGAUAUUUGAAUCUGAACUAGUAGACAAUGCUACAUUGAAGAAACAUGGAGAAAGCAUGAGAACAAGCAUAUCAAAUGGAACAGCUGCUACACCAGUUCAAGUACCAGCUGUUACUCCUUCAGCUCCACCUUAUCCUUCAGCAGCAGCUCUGCCUAGGACUAACCCUAAUGAGCUAGGCAUAGGUGAUUUAGAUAUAGUGCUAAGUGUUUUAGCCAAUGAAUUGGUACCUACUGCUACAGUGUCAUCUAAUGGAAGCAGUAGAUCUACUAGUAGUACCAGCAUGCAAACUGCUAGUACUAGUAAUACUGAUAAUGGGAAAAGGACACUAGAUAUAGAGGAUGUUGAAAUGGUAACAACAGUUUUAAAUAAAGCUUUGUUUGGUGCAACAAAAUGGGCGAACUUGGGCCUGAAGCUUGGUCUAUUGAUAUCAAGACUCAAUGUCAUUGGAGAGGAAGGUGGUGAUGCAUACAGACACUUGAGGAGGACUAUAGAAGUAUGGCUAGAGGAAGAAGAUAAUGUAACUAGUAGAACAUGGCAGACUUUGAUAGAAGCUGUGGCGAGAACAGGAGACCGUGCAGCUGCUCAAAUAAUACCCGAUAUACUUAAAACCCUUUACAAUAUUAGACUUUAAUAAUGAUAAUAGCACAGUACAGUUUUAAGUAAUUAUUAUGAGUUGAAAUGAUUGGCAUAUUGUUUUGGCAGAGGUGCCAGGAGCUAGUAAAUAAUUGCUAUCA